CUCUCCUAGCAUCCACGUCUAUGACUUGUGGGGUGGACCGCCGGGUUGCAUCUCAAUCCACCUACGUACCCAUAUACCAACCUUCGACGCCGGUUCUACUACAUAGUAGUCUCAACGUGGUACUACGAUAUGACCAGCUACUACGGCGACUCGGAGAGCGUGACGUCGGUGCCUCCGCCGUAUAGCAUGUACGACCCGAAUGAUACAGGGGCCCAGCAGGCCUUCUCGCACCCGCAGUCAUACACGAACUACGGAGCCUAUCCACGGCAGCCCUCGGGGAUCCCUAGCGUCAUUGGCACUCGCAUGAACUAUACUGCUGCUGUUGAUACUCGAUACCAAGCCAGGAACGAUGCCGACGAGAGAGCCCCUCUCAUUGAUCGCACUUCAGGCAACCCGGACGCAAAGCCUAAGGACGAUUCCACUGUGCCUUGGGCCUGGGCUUCAGUGGUCUUACUGCUGUUUGCGGUGACAUGCAUAGCCGCAAUUAUCGCUAGCAAUCAAACCCACCGUGUGGGAGAACUCAACGCUCAUGUGGAGGAGCUCAAUAAACGCAUGAAGGACUAUCCACCGACGCCGGGAGAACUGGAGGAAUUGCGACGUGAUUAUGACAUCGUCCGUGCGGCUCAUGAGCAAGACUACAAGACAUGGGACGCCACGCGCACAGCAUACAAGGCGGAUGAGGAACGCUGGCUCAAAGCUCGAAACGAUUACUUUGAGCUACGUAUCGAUGAAGGCAACCUGCUCGGGCUGUCCUGGCGCCAAGUCGAAAGUCAUGAAUGCGUUGCCUUUGGUACGCGCGCGGUUACCGCGCGUCUGGCUGUCAACAAAGCGGAAGCUUGUCGACACAUGCCUAUCGUUGUGGACGGCAUUGCAGUAGAUGAGCCUCAUGUAUGCCACACGGACGGUGAAACCUUUGCAGGUCGCUGGAACGUCGGCAACGUCACCGCAUGCAGGCCGCAUUGGGGGGGCCUGAAUGACAAGGGUUGCAUUGGACAGGGCUCUGGCAAGCAUCGCUUCGAAGCACGGCUUUGGGACAUCCACAACGGUGAUUGGAUGGCUAUGUGUUCUACAUCCCCCCAAGAGAUCAAUGGACAAGUCUUCGAGCACCCCACGCACUGCGAGUCUCGGGGGCUUUUCGGAGUCUUCGGUAUGUUCGGGUUAUGGGAUGUUGACGACAACCACUGUCGUUGAACUUCCCAUUGCCGGAAUAUGCCUUGAAGUCGCCCAUAUCCGUGUGGAGUCCGUUGACUCUUGCCCUACGACCGAACUCUCUACUCUCGAUGAAUCUGAUGGACGAUACCUGCUGUACGAGGACGUCGUUCAGAAUUUUGUAUCGUUGUUUCCGCUGUCGUUUCCGCUAUCGCUGUUGCUAUCGAUCUGAAUGGUUUGCCCUGUUGUACAGUAUCUCGACGUGAACGGACGGUAUAUGUGAUGCAUUGUAGUCGAUGAUGUUACUCCGUUCAACAUUCAUGAUAUAU